AUGGCUCCGCCGCCAGAGAUCGCAAUUCCAUCUACCAGUGUCUCUGGCGAAGGCACCUCAAAACCCUUCACGCUCUACAACAUCACUCUUCGCCUCCCUCUCAGAUCAUUCGUCGUCCAGAAGAGAUACUCGGACUUUUCUGCACUGCACGCCACUCUCACCAAAGAAAUCGGCGCCCCGCCACCCGAGCCGCUGCCAGGGAAGACCUGGCUCAAGUCGACCGUCAAGUCGGCGCAACUCACACAGGACCGCCAGGCAGGUCUGGAGCGAUACCUCAAGGCAAUCGCCGAGUCCCCCGACCGAAGAUGGAGAGAUACAUCAGCUUGGAGGGCAUUCCUGAAUCUUCCCAAUAUCAGUACGACGAACUCGGCAGUUUCGGCAAGCGGGAGGAUUGGUAGUGCAGCUGCAGGCGCUGCGGACCCAGGGACGUGGUUGGAUAUCCACAGGGAGCUGAAGCAAUGUCUUCACGAUUCAAGGCAAUCCCUAUCGAAGAGAGAUACUGCUGCGGAUGCCGGUAACCACGGCGCGGCUGCUGAGGCUGGGGCGGCGGCAAAGAGGGCGCUGGUCAAGGGAGGAACCCUGAUCAGCACCCUAUCAGAUGGCCUUCGGAAGAUGCAGGAAGCCAGUCGUCUCGGGGAGGGCGAGCUACGAAGACGAAGAGACCUUCUAUCAAGCGUUAGGAUGGAGCGUGACGGCCUGGACAAAAUAGCCAACACGAUGCCCACCCCAUCAGGCGGUUCGGCUCGACACGGCUUUACUCAAGGGCAAUCGUCGACCUCCGAAAGGGCGAGUCUCAUGAAGGGAGGGAAGUCCAGCGGCCGGGUCUUGGGCGCACCCUUGCCUGAGACGGAUAAGACGAGGGAGCUUGACAAUGACGGUGUGCUCCUGCUCCAGAAAGAAGAGAUGCAGGCACAGGAUGAUCAGAUUGAUACCCUCACCGCCAUUAUCCGCAGACAAAAGGAAAUGGGGAUCAAGAUCCACGACGAGGUCGAGAGACAAACCGAGAUGCUGACGAUGCUGGAUGAGGACACAGACCGGGUCAAGGGGAAGCUUAACGUUGCCAACAACCGCAUCCGGAAGUUCUGA